GGCGGGGCGGGGCGGGGCGGGUGCUGCCAAGCUGCGCAGCGCGGAAGGCGCCGGGGCUCGCAGGCGCUGCGUGCACUGCUGCUGCCGCCCCUGCUCCUGCUCCUGCUGGUGCUGCGCGCGCUGCCCCCGCCCUGCCCGCCAUGAGCGAGGCGCUGGGCCGCAGGGUGCUGUGCGGCGCGGAGCGCGCGACCGUGCGGUACGUCGGCGGCCUGCCCGGCGCGGCGGGAAUUUGGCUUGGAGUAGAAUGGGAUGAUCCUCAGAGAGGAAAACAUGAUGGUACCUACGAAGGAACACAGUAUUUUAAAUGCAGGCAUCCCAGAGGAGGAUCAUUUAUCCGGCCAAACAAGGCAAAUUUUGGAGUAGAUUUUCUCACUGCAGUAAAGGACCGAUAUGGGCUGAAGGAGCAAGAUGUUCAAAAUGGGACAAAGAAUACAUUAGUACUGGGAAAGAAGACUGUGGAACUUAUUGGCAUGGAUUCCAUUGCAGAACAACAAAGCCAGCUGAACCUACUGGUAGAUAUCUCGGUGCGUGAGUGUGCAGUGAGCCAUGCUGGUCAGAAGGAGGAAAUCAGCAGAACAUGUGCUAAUAUCAGACAUAUAAAUCUAUCAAAAAAUCUGCUGUCAUCUUGGGAUACAGUCACAGAUAUUGCUUCUCAAGUUCCAAAUCUGGAAACGCUUAAUAUCAGUGAAAACAAAAUGAAAUUUCCAUCUACAUCAAUUUCUGUAUCUAAUGUAUUUUCAAAACUGAAGGUUCUGGCACUUAAUCAGACUGAGAUAACAUGGACAGAGGUCCUUGUUUGUGCUCAAGGAUGGCCAGCACUUGAAGAAUUGUACCUUACUUCUAAUAAUAUUACAGUUUUGGAAAGGCCCGAUAAUGUCCUGCAGACCCUGAAAUUGUUAGACCUCUCAGACAACCCGUUACUGGAUGGAGAUCAGCUGCAUCAGAUAGCAUAUCUCCCCAGAUUAGAACAGCUAAUACUUAGAAACACUGGAAUAUCUUCCAUAUACUUUCCUGAUAGUGAAUUUGGAUGCAAGACUAAAAUGUUUCCUUCAUUAAAGCGCCUUGCAAUAAAUGACAAUAAAAUAUCACAGUGGUCAUCAAUCAAUGAGCUUGAGAAACUGCCAAGUUUGCGGUCACUGCAGUGUCACAAUAACCCUUUGAUGGACACAGAGAAGAACCCGGAGACCCUGAGACAGCUAAUUAUUGCCAAGCUAAGUCAACUGGAGGUUUUGAACAAGUCUGAGAUCCUUCCUGCUGAAAGAAAAGGAGCAGAGCUUGAUUAUCGCAAAAUAUUUGGAAAAGAGUGGCUAGCAGCUGGCGGGAAUUGGAACCCAGAGAGAAACAAACCGAGUGAAGAAUUUCUUGCUGCCCAUCCCCGAUACACAGUACUUUGCCUUAAAUAUGGUGCACCUGAAGAAGGAGAACUGAAGGGACAACAGCCUUCGACUCUGAAAAAUCAGCUUCUGACUUUGACAAUUAAAUGUCCUGACAAACCUGAACAGAAGCCAGUAGAAAAAAAGCUACCAGAGUCCAUGACUAUUCAAAGGGUCAAAGGAUUGCUCUAUCGCCUACUUAAAAUUCCUGGUUCAGAACUGAAACUGUCCUACGAAAGUUCUAAACUGGCAGGAAAAGAAGUUGAACUAGACAACGACUUAAAGCCUUUGCAGUUUUACUCGAUAGAAAAUGGAGACUGUGUGCUAGUACGGUGGUAACAAGGAGCUCCCUGGAUAGGCUGAAGGCAAAACCACGAUGGGAACUGCAGGAGAGUUACAGACUGCCUGCAGACAGCAGGUACAACAUGUGCCUGAACACCUGUGGGAGAACACGAAUUUCAUACGUGGCACCAGAGCACUAUAUGAUAAUACUUCCAGCUCCUAUACUUAGCAAUUAAUCUUUAUGAAGGCCUUUGCUUUUGAUUGAAGUGUCUUAUCUGGGAGACACCAAAUAGUACUUGAAGUCUUCAAUUAAAUAAAACUCAAGGUAACCCUUUUGCCAAUAUUUUAUACUACCUUACCACUGCAGUGGGCAGAAUUCAUUUGUAUGGAACUGAUACAUGAUCUGGUUGUGAUGUCCUCACUUAUAAUAGCUCUAGGACAAAAUUAGUGCUGCACUGAAAGAGGCUACUUGUGCUGUUUUCACCUACUUCUAAAGACCUUAAAGCAAAGAAGUGUAAAUCAGCGGUAACUGUAGAAGUAUCUGCACAGCCUUAGAGUGCUUAAGGUCAAAAUCUGACAAACCUUAAUUCUACCUGCAGAGUUAACAUACCACAGUAUAAGUAAGUUCUCAGCAUACUGCAAGGCAUUGAUAUUCAGUUUACAUUCUUUAGUGUGUAGUUCCUCAAUCUUAUUUUACUUUCACUUGUGUACCACCAAAUUCAUACAUAAUAACAGAGCUACCAGAAAAACCUCCAUAUCAGGCUAAGUUUGCAGUACUUCAAGAUUUGGUAUAAGCAAACUUUGAUUUAUUUUUUUAAUAUAUAUAUAUCUAAAAUUAUAAUGGUAUAAACAAACUAAACCUAACAAAUCCCAAACCCUAGCUGUCCCAGCCCCUGCACAGAUGAGAGCAACCCCUCAAACCGCAUGGAACCUGCUGCAGCAAGACUUACCAGACACCCUGGUACUAAGCACAGCUCUCCAGUGGAUCUUGGUACGGCUCUAUACAGAGUUAAAUCAGUAGUACUUCAAUUUACAAAAGACAGGCUAGUUGGCAUUCGUAUGUGCAUUUAUUAAUUACAAGUAGGUCUUCGACUUCAUAUAAAAAGGAAACUUUAUCUUAAACAUUUUGGUUUUUGUCAGAUCAACAUCUAUACUAUAGAAAAUGAAUAGUAUCAGUCCACUUGUAAUUAUCAAAAGGGAUGUGCAAAUAUUGUUACGCUUUAGUUGAAACCCAACAUUAAAGGAUACCUUAAUAUUCUGUAUUAUUCCAAGAAGGAAUCCCGACGUACACUUUUCCAUCCUUAUUAUACGCUACCCUGUUACCCAAGGCAAGUCCCUCAUCUUUCCUCACAUCUACAAGGAUCUCUGCACAGCUCCUUUGCUCUCCAGAGCUCUCUCAGUUCCUGGGGAGAAUACUGAGGGGAAGACAGCAUACCACUCUCGCAUGCCUUCUCACACAACCAGAGACUAUCCUGUUAGAGAGACAGCAAUUUCAAUAGUUCUUAGAAAGAAUUCAGUGCUCAACAAACCUUACUGCCAAGAGUCAGGUCUUCAUUGUUUAUGGCGAUACAUUUUGCACACAAAGGUCACCAACUAGAGGCCUAGAGGCAGACUUCCCUUUCUGAGCUGCUAGAGCUAUUCAAAGAACUUGCAAUUGGGGGAUGGAGGAUGGGUUUGUGUUGUUUUUUUUUUUUGUUUGUUUGUUUGUUUUAAAUACAUUUUAACAAGUUUUCUGUAUUUUGA